UCUGCAACUGGGUGUGUUUGGUUUCCGCCAUUUGUCAAGGAAGUGUUUACUUUUGUUUUGUUGCAAAACCAUAGCAACUGUUAGGAAAAUUGGCGGUGUAGGUGUGGGAAGCGGUUGGUUGUUGGCUAGGUCUGUUGGUGUUGACUGACUGCGUAAGAAAUUUAAUUUUCGAUUUUGACUAUUAAAAUGGAUUUACGGCUGUAUACGAUUUUCGUCGGUUUCUUCUCUGUUGUUUAUGCUCAGCGGACACCUACAAUAUCAUACAUAUCACAAGAACAAAUCAAAGAUAUUGGUGGCACUGUGGAACUUGAAUGCUCAGUGCAGUAUGCCCAGGACUAUCCUGUGCUAUGGAUGAAAGUGGAUCGUAAUAGGCAAGUUGAUCCCUUACCUAUAUCAACUGGAAGUUCGUUGAUUAUUCGUGACAGCCGAUUUGCUUUGAGGUAUGAUACAGCAAGUUCGACAUACACCUUACAGAUAAAGGACAUUCAAGAGACUGAUGCUGGUUUUUACCAGUGCCAAGUGAUCAUUGGUUUGAACAACAAAAUAACAGCAGAAGUAGAUCUUCAAGUCCGCCGUCCGCCUGUAAUUUCAGACAACUCUACGCGCUCAUUAGUUGUAAGUGAGGGACAGGCUGUAAGACUUGAGUGUUAUGCUGGAGGCUAUCCUGCACCCCGUGUUUCUUGGCGUCGUGAGAAUAAUGCUAUCCUUCCUACUGGAGGUUCUAUAUAUAGAGGGAAUGUCUUGAAGAUUUCCAGGAUUGGGAAAGAAGAUAGAGGUACUUAUUAUUGUGUGGCAGAAAAUGGCGUUGGCAAAGGAGCACGGCGCAACAUAGCUGUUGAAGUGGAGUUUCCACCUGUGAUAACAGUACCAAGACCUCGUCUUGGGCAGGCUUUGCAGUAUGACAUGGACUUGGAAUGCCAUGUUGAGGCUUACCCACCCCCUGCCAUUACAUGGUUGAAAGAUGAAACUGUCCUUUCGAACAACCAGCAUUACAGCAUCUCACAUUUUGCAACUGCUGAUGAAUUUACUGAUACAACACUUCGUGUGAUAACAAUUGAGAAACGGCAGUAUGGCAAGUACCAAUGCAAGGCAGCCAACAAACUGGGUGAAGCUCGGGAAGAGGUGGAGUUGUUUGAAACCAUUAUCCCUGUUUGUCCCCCUGCCUGUGGUCAAGCAUAUGGAGGAGAUGCAGCAGAAAUAUCAACUAGCAUGGCUCUCAUUCUCAUCUCAACUAUUAUAGUUGCAUUGCAUCGAAACCUCAACACCAAACAUUAAUUUUCGUUUUGUUGUGUGGCCAAAUGAAGGCAGCUAUAUUCUUUUGGAUCUUAUACUGUUAGUCUUUCUGUGGAUGGCAGUGCUUUGCAGAUUAUCUGACAUAUAAAUAUAUUAUACUGUUAGUCUUUCUGUGGAUGGCAGUGCUUUGCAGAUUAUCUGACAUAUAAAUAUAAGUUGUGGGCAUUGAUCACACAGAGGCCAAAGGAGUUUCUGCUCAUAACAUUCCACAUGAAAUGAGUAACAUAUAAAAACAAGACUUUAGAGGAACUAUUUAUUUUCGUAUGGUAGAUAUGUUCUAUUAAGUGUCUCCAUUGUAUAAUAAGAUUCUAAAUUUGUUUUGGGGCAUGUCACAAUUACUGUAUUUCUUUAAUGUUUUGUUUGGUAUCUGUACCAAGCAGACAAUUGACUUUUUUCUGAAAUUAUGUUGAUUGUGUCAUUUUGAAAGUAUUAUGGAAUAUUGUGUGACUUGAUUGCUUUACUUAGGCACAACAUGUGUAGUGGUACAAAAAUAUGUUUCUUUGAUGUACUAUGUGGUAGAAUUGUGAGAGUGAGAUUUUCUUUGAGAACAUUACAUUCCUUUUGAAAUACAGCUGCUGCUGCAGCUUUUAAUUUUUUUAUAUCUAAUGGGCAGCUAAGUUUUUACUUAAUAGCAUUACUCAUGGCAUGUAAAGUUUUUGCAUUAUUGCCUUUUGUGAUGAUUCAUUACUGUGUAUGAUAUUCGUAACUUUUGUACUAAUGUAAAUAUUAGCUAAUCGUACUCUUCCUCAUAAAAUUUUUGUUUACAAGAGUCCAGUCCAUUGUGCAGGCAGCAGUAAAGAUUGUAAACAUAUAUUUUAGUCAAAUGUAACCCUUUGAAUUCUGUAGAAAGGUGGUUCUAAAGCUUAUAACUUCAUAAAAAGUUAAAUCAUCAAACAGGUAGAAUAGAAAGCUGUGGGUAUUGCAUAACACAGUAAAUGGUAUUACCCAUUUUUGUAAGUUUAAUUUAAUAAAGUCUUUCUUAAGAUCUGGGCAGUAAUAAGACUGAUAUGGAAGCUGUUUUGAAAACAAAGUAAUAAACUCAAAAUAUUAAAACCAACCAUUGUUUUUAAUCUUUGGCAUUUGCAGAUAUGUGUUUGUGUGUUGGAGAUACGUCUUUGCUACAGUUAAAUAUGUCGUAUUCUAAACUUUCUCGUACUUUUAGUUUCUCAAAUCACAACUUUUUGUUAUACCAAUUUUACUAUAUUACCCAGUAUUUCUUGCUAUCACAUACACACAGUUUAAGCCUUUAAUACUAGCUGCUGUUUUGUCAUUUAGAUUGAAUAGCUAAUAAACAGAUCGUAAAAUAUUCAGAAUCAUGUACCCACUGAUAUUCAUCCGAUUAGCAUUUGCACGUUUGUUGUGUGGUUGACCUGCACCAUGAUAUGCUUACAUAUUUCUUGUGUGGGUAUUUUCACUUUGUAAUGUAUCUUUGUAGUACGUCUGCAAUAUUUAUGUAGUAACAACAGUAUAUGUGUGUUUCCCUUGUAUUUAUAUUUAAUUUGUUUGUGUACAUAUCAUUUUUGUAACUUGCUUACAAGUUGGUUGUGGCUAUUGUAAACUUUGGCUUUCAUUCAUAAAUUGAUUUAAUUUUGGUCAUAAAUCCCAUAUUGUACAGUUAUUACAAGUACCUGCAGCCAAAAAUCAUUAGGUAUUGUAUAAUUUCAGAGGCAGACGAUUGUAAAAGACAAACAUUCCAAUACGUAAAAGUAACACUGGAAUAAAUUUUAUAUGCGUUUUCAGUUUUUCUGUAUUAAAACAUUAGAUAGCUCAAAAUAUUAAAGUAGGAUUUUUAAAAGUAAAGAUGUGUCUUAUUAGAUUCCAAAUGAGACACUUUUGAUUAUAUUCAGAGAACAACCUUCCUUACUCUUCAUUUGUCUAGCAGAACUACAGCGUAAGAACAUUCACACCAUGCGCAUGAAAGUGGUACAGUUGCUAUGUUUCACUUCAAAAUCAGUAAUAAAUCAGCCUAGUGCUUGUGAAUGUGAGCAGUGAAACUUAGGUUCUCAGAUUGUGAGGACAUUUGGUAACUUACCAUGACAAAAUGUAUUUUUUAACGUGAAACGGUAUGGUAAAGUUUUGAGAUACAGCGCCAAUUUCUGUGGACUACAGAUAACACUAAUCACAUAAUGUUGCUGGAAAAGAAAUUCUCAAAAAAUAAAUGUUUCACAAAAAGCAGCAACACUUAUAUUUUAUGCCCACAAGAACAACAUAUAGUAACCAACACAUAAACUGCUUACAUUACAAGAUGUGUGUUCUGGAGCUUUACCUACCGUUUCUACACAUGAGCUGUUAACUCUGAUGAUAUCUGUAGAAUGCAUUGACUUUACAAUUAAUUGAAUUGCAGAGAUGUUUCAGCAAUAUGUAUUCAUAGUAUGGUAUUGUAUGUGUAAGGGUUACAGUUAUUGUCAAAAUUUUAGGUUUUCCAAUAAUAAUAGUUUUAAAGCAGGUACAUUUGGCUGCAUAUGACCUUCAUUUCUGUUCUCUAGACAUCAGCCAGAAUAAAUCUCUAGAUUUUGUACUUAAUACAAGAGCAUUGGCUGCAAAACUGUCAAAUAUACAUGUAAAGAAUCUUUUACAUUUUUGUAAACUUUCAAAAAAAUUCAAACUGUUGUACUGAUGUGCGCUGUCUGCUACAGAGGUUUUUAUUCUAUUAUUUGCUGCAUAUUGACCUGUGUUUCAUGUGUUAAUUUUUGCAUCAGAGACAAAGGAGAUAAAAUAUACAAUAUGUUUAUGUGGAUCAUAACAUUUUCCAGAUAAGACUGUGGAUGUCACGAGGAGGAAAAUUAUUGCUGUUAAGUUUGCUUGAUAAUUGUAGUUUGCUUCAAAAUGUUUUAUGGGAUAACUGUGAAGGGAAGAGUAAAUACGCAGUCGUAAAUACAGACUCUUCUAACCCCUCCCCUCUAUCUUUUAUAGAUACAUGAAAAUAAGAGAAAAUGAUUAAAAUGUAAAUUAGUACAUGAAAAAACGAGAUCUUUUCCUCCUCCUCCUCCUUCAUCAUCUUCUUCUCAGGUGAUCUCUUGAAGCCAUAUAGAAAAGCACUGCAGCUUGUUUAUCAAAAUUAAAUGAUGUUUGUAGCUAGGAUUUUCUUUUUUCAAAAUAUAAGAAAAUAUGCAUUUGUAAUGAAGUACAAUAUGUAUUACAUAAGUAUUAACAUGCAAAUUGAAAAUUUGCCUUGUUGCUCAUUGAGUACUGUGAUGCCCAAAAAAUAAUAUUGGCAGCUGAUUGCCAUCUUUUUUUUACAGUUGUUACUGCCUCAAAGGCAUAUGAUAUCCAGUUUAUAUUUUCAUAAUGCCAAUAACUAGAUCUGUCAUUAUUUUUGUACUUUUAUACAGAAAUUUCAACAGGCUUUGUUAUAUUGAUCGAAAGAAUUUCCUUGAUAUGAAAUGUAGUUUUUUGUUGAAAUGUGAAAUAAAGAGCACAAUUUUGUCAUUAAAAA